GGCAAAGGAAUUUGUGAGAGGAACUGAAAGCAGUGGUGACCAGUUUAGGGAGGAGGAGCACUGCAGAGACAGGAAGGUUACAUAUACAGAGGAAUUAAACAAAGCGCAGACAGAAACAGAGGGGGAAAGGUUGGUUAGUUGCAGGUCUUUUUCUUUACCUAAGGUAAUUACCACUUUGCUCUCACUGCAGCAACAGAAAUGCAGAGAGUAAACAGCAAUCAGAUAGGAGAGAAGAGAGAGACAAGAAGCUGCCAAGGAGAGAGUAAGAGCAGCAUUUAAGAAGUCAAGUCAAGAUUAAUUGAGGAAAAGAAACUAAAAGCAGAGACGAGCCUCUGAGGAGCUGGGAAAAGUAAGAAAACAGUCGACAUUCAUUGACAAAGAGCUGGACUCAACUUCAAGGUCUCCUGACAACAACAAAACAGGAGGGUUGGGGGUGGAGAGAAGCUUUAAAGAGGUCACUGUGGUCCAUGUGCAGCGUGCCUGAGCAGGUCUACUAUGCAAGAGAGACAACAGAGAUAAACAAACCAAAGCACAGUUUCUCUGUUCACUUCCAAAAGACAUCCCUUCCUGUAGCAGCAACAUGUUGAUGAAAGAGUAUCGCAUAUGUAUGCCACUGACGGUGGAGGAGUACAUGAUUGGGCAGCUCUAUAUGAUCAGCAAGCACAGCUGUGAGCAGAGUGGUGGAGGUGAGGGAGUAGAGGUGGUGAGGAAUGAGCCGGAUACUCACCCUCAGCAUGGUCCCGGACAAGUGACCGAGAAGAGAAUCUACCUCAGCAGCAAACUGCCAUCCUGGGUUAAAGCUUUUGUUCCACGAAUCUUUUAUGUGACAGAAAAGGCAUGGAACUUCUACCCCUAUACUAUCACAGAAUACUCUGUAUCGUUCGUCCCCAAGUUUAGCAUUCGCAUUGAGACAAGGUUCGAAAACAACAACGGCAAUAACAACAAUGUGUUUGGGGACACGCCAACCCCGGCGGAGAACGUUUGCUUCCUGGACAUCCUCACUGACCCAAUCCCAGAGAAGCAUUACAGAGAAUCAGAGGAUCUGAGUCGCUGGCGGUCAAAUAAAACCAACAGAGGGCCUCUGCAAAAAGGCUGGAGGGACAACCAGAACCCCAUUAUGUGCUCCUACAAGAGAGUGCAGUGCAGCUUUGAGGUCUACGGCUUCCAGACAAAGACAGAGGAGUUUGUACAUAGACUGAUUAAAGAUAUUCUUCUCGUCGGCCACAGACAGGCAGUUGCAUGGGUUGACGAGUGGCACGGGCUUAGCUUGGAAGAGGUGAGGGAAUACGAGAAGGCAAUGCAAGAGAAGACCAACACCAAAGUCAAAUCGAACGAGAACAACUCAGGCCCACAGGGUCAUACCCAUCCCACUAUCUCCCGUUCCAUCUCUGUGACAGACGAACGUUCCCUGAAGAGGAUGGGAGUGACGACGGUGGACAUGUCUGGAACGUCAGCCUCCUCCAUGCCUCACAGUCCUUGUCGCCUUAACUCAACCCCAGAGUGACCCCCCUUUGCACAAUGACAACACUAGAAAAACAUUCUAACUUAGGAUCAAAAGCAGCAAGGGUUAGUGGAUGCUGUUUGUCAAAACAUUGGAGGUAUAGUUACGUAAAUAUGCAAAGCAAGAAGUGCCAUAUUCCAAUAAAUGCCUAUAAAAUAUUAAAUAUUUAAAGGUCAGAUAUGUACAGAUAGUAACUAAUGAAAGAUACUUUAUUUUAUUUUAGCAUAAAAUCUAAUUAUUUAAUUUGAUCCAUCCAUCCAUUGUCUCUCUAAAAACCUUAAAUUGAUCUCUAAUCUAUUUUGUUUUAAGAGGCAUUACAGAGUUUUCUAAUGAUACUGCCACCUGUGGCCAAAAUAUAGAACUGCAGCACCCUUCUGUAAAUUCUCGUGCCUCGUGCUCAUACUUGACAAGGAUUUAUUUUUUUACUUUUCUCACCAUAUGUAGAGUUGCCACUGGUGUCGGAGUUGGAUGCAGGUCGCUAUCGAGUCUCCACAAAAUCCAUCUUCAGUAUAGCUCUUUGAUUGUUUGCUAGGUUGGACCCAUGGAUGAGCUUAACAUCGCAUUCGCAGAAAUAGCUCAGGACCUUCCGACCCAAAUUACAUUUAGGGAGAAUAAGCUACAGCCUUAUAGAUGCAUCUGUGCUGAACUACUGAGGUGUCAGUCUAUUUAAAGUAUAAUUUUCAGUAAAAACUUAAAAUAUGUCUGUUUAACCAAAUUUAAUAUACAAUUGACAUUUAGUUGUUGGUUUUUACCUUUGAAAUAUGUCCUUUCAAAUGGUGUUUGAAUCCCAGAUGGGUCAUUUCUGCUUAGAGGUUGCAUGAUUUCCUUCUCCUUAUUUCCAAAUAUAUCAGGCUGCGGUUCAGUGGCUGCUCUUACAUAUAGGUGCUUAGAUUUUGUGCCUUGAUGAGGAAUCACAAUCUGCCCAGGAUGUAUCCUGCCCCCACCCACUGACCACCAGUCUGGGCAACAAUUCUGUGACAAGACAAGGACUGAGUCAAAAUAGUAAAACGGAUUAAUUUAUUGGACUUUGGCACUUCCAUACAUAAGAUAUUCAGAAGAGGUUUUAUGUCAACAGAAUGUGUUCUAAAAAUGUCUUGAAGAAGAACUUGAUAGUAAAUCUCUAGUUUGAAAUUUUCAUUUUAGCAGUUAUCACAUUGUACAUUUCUUAAAUCUAUACAAAAAUGUGAUGGUAAGGAUAAACACCAGCUUCUUUCUCAGAUAAAAUGCUGCUUUCUAGGGAUCAAAUUCCAUUCAUCCAUCCAUUUUCUGUCAUGCCUAUCCCUACGGGGUUGCUAGGGGUGCUGGUGCCUAUCUCCAGCCGUCUAUGGGCUAGAUGCGGGCUGCACGCUGGACAGGUCGCCAGUCCAUCGCAGGGCAACAAUCAAAUUCCAUAUUGGUACAAUUGUUACAUUGGGACAGAUGCAAAAGAGCUGAUUAUAUUUCUUGUGGGGGUAGAUUUAGCAUCAAUGUUAAUAACACUGUUGCCAAAUCUGAGCUUUUUUUUCAAUGAGUUAGGUUGGAACAAAUAGCUUUGGGUGAGUUGCUUAAGUUUGGGCUGCUUUAUAUGAACUUUCUUAGUUUUUUAGAAAUUAUUAAAUUAAAAAUUAAAUAAAAAUAGUUAUGUUUGAAAACAAAACUUCCACAUUUCAAUGAAAUGUGCCCUUGCAGUUAUAUCAUUAGACUGUUUAUUUUUAAGAAUUUAGGAUAAAUGAAAAAUAAGUAAGAAUUUUCUUUGUCAGACCUUGUCAUUGGUUAAUUAUUUCUGUACAAUAAUAGUGAAAAUUUCCAAUUUUUUAACUCCCCAAAUGGGACGAAGAGUUUAAUCAAACUACAAUUAUUUUUUGGCCUGAAGGUCUUGAGCGUUUUCUUGAAUUGGAGACCCAAAGGUCAUGCCGCACUGAGAAAAACAAGCCAAAAAUAACAUAUAUAGGAUUGGAGGCAGAUCCUAAGCUUUCCCAGGGAAUGACUUAAACUUAAUGCAUAUAUUUCUAUAAAGAAUUGUAUUUAAAAUAUGCAUAUAUUUCAGGGAGCCUGAACCUUUUAGCUUGUUUUAAUGCAAUUUUCAGCAAGCUUUGAAAUUUUCUCUGUAAUGUAAUAAUUUUAUGUUUUUCAGGCAUGAGUUUUGAAAAAGGUUGAGGUUUUUGAUGAGGUGGUUGCGUUUUAACCUAUGCUUGCACUGUAAACUGUCAGAGAUGGACACCCUGAUUGAUCCUAUUAUGUAGUUGCCUUCCAGGAGCCUAAAGUGUUAAAUUAUUCACCUAAUACUAUUGCAUUACUGUAUAUCUAUAUUUAUGACUUUCUAUUUGAAUGAACUUGUGUCUUCCUGAUAGUGCAUGCUAGGUGCACAAGUGAUUUUUUUUUUGCUCUAGAAAAAAAAAAAAAAAAAAAAAAAAAAAAAAAAAAAAACAUCUCCAGAUGUAUUUAUCCACCUCAAAAAAUGCAUGUCAGCUCUUUCCAUUAGUUCUUCGGUCUUACUGGAACACGGCAACCACCUGAAGGGAUUUACAUUUGUUUCCACAAUACAGUCUACAGACAGAUGCAUAAGGAGUUUAAUAGAGUAGAUCUAAUGAGAGCACAGGGGAGAGGGGGGGAGGCGCUUGAUGCAGUGAAUCAGCUCCCCCCGUCUACCCCAGCCAAUAAGGUCACACCAGCUGUAUUGACAGAGGGCAGUGAGGUGUGGUAUUGGCUCUCUGAUGGCUUUGCAGGGAGCAGUGAAUGGGUCAAGCCACGGCUAAACUUCAAUUUGGGUCAAUGAUACGUUUAGCUUCCUUUUUGUAUUGAAAUGGGUUAUUAGGUUAUCAGCAAUAGUAUAAAACAUGGCUGAAUGUAUAUUAUAAAUAAAAGUCCAAUAUACUGUUUAGUUUGUGUGAUGUAGUUUGGGUUUGAAAGUGGUUGAAAUGUACACACCAAUAAAUGUGCAUAUUCAGUUAUGUGGGAUUUUUUUUUAAUCAAUAAAUAAAUUUUCUUCUAAAUAAA